AUGUCGUCUGCGACCACCAACAGGCCAGCGGCUGCCAUGGCCGGUGCUGGGCGGUCCACCCGGUUCCCAGAGUUUGGUGCUGCCUCCGGGAGGCACAAUAGUGACUCCUCUCAGUCUUCAACUCUUGGUCAGACGUUUGGCAAUGGGGGUUCAUGGCAAGCCUCGACCGGCAUAUGGGGCCCGAACACAAUUGGUAGCGGAUUUCCCAAUGUGAAGAGAGAUGCUUCACGUUCGCGUCGUAGGUCUAGCUUGGCUUGGGAGGCUCCCACUACCACUAACAUCAAAACAGCGUCAGGCAAAGAUGAUUUCCUCGACGGCCCCAGCGGCUCAGGUGCUCUAGCUGCAUCUUCCGAGGCUGACCCGUGGAUUGCACGCACAAACGGGCCGUGGAAUCCUCCCGACACGACGUCUCCUACGCUGCAGUCGCACAGUGGAAGCACUUCUCCUUCUCAUACACGAAAUAGCAUCCCUACGACCACACCACAAACGCUUCUGGAGAUCCAAAACCAGUAUCAGCAGUCACGACCGGGUAUGAACCAGAGCUCAAGCUUCAGCAGGUCCCAACCGAAGAGCAAUCUGGAUCCAUCCUCCGGUAGCUUUAAGUUUGUGCGGAAACCAUCAUUUGUGUACAACGACGACAAGGAGAAUUCGAGCCAGUACGUUUCGAAUGCAGAGAAUUUUGAUUUGGACGUCUCAUCGAGGUAUCUGCCCAUCGGUAGCACUGCGUCAAGAGAUGGCAGUAUGCCACCCUCGAGAGCAUCAGACUCUGGUGGUCUCAAUGGGGGGAGUGUAUCGUUUGGUAAUGGUAAUCAGCCUUUCGGCUCUCUUGGUCACCACACGCCAAACAGCUCGAUCCACUCCCAACGCCCUUCAUUCUCCGGGCCCUCAACUUCGUUCCCCUCGCAAGGAAAUGGCUCGAGGUAUGACCCAGAAGCCGAGUUAAGCGAAAAGUUCGGAGCAUUCAGCCUUGGGCGUGAGGCUGAGCAGUCCGGCGUGUCUCAUCUUAACAAUAUCCCCAGCACGUCAUACUCUCCAAAUCAUCCCAGCUUUUCCCAGCAAAGCUAUCCUUCAGGAAGCGCUUCUGGAAUGUGGGGGGAUGGUUCUAAGGUCCUCAACAACUUUGAGCCUUAUUCCAAUCAACCCUUUGCCGACCAAGUAUACUUCAACAAGCCUGCUCCUCGAUUCACUGAGAGAGGCACUGUCUCACCAGCAGGUAGUGACUACCGCCGAGGCAUUAACAGCCCCAAGUACUAUCCCGCUGCUGGGACCCCCCCCUCUGGAUCCGACCAAAUAUAUAGGCCAAGCUCAAGAGGUCCACGAGUCCCACAAGGGCCUUCUGAAUUGGACAGGAGAUUGCAAAAUAUACAUUAUGCGCAGCAAGCCCAGGCAUAUAUGUAUGGCACCCAAUUCCACGGCCAAUAUCCUGCACAUGCCUACGAUUACCCUGCCCACCAGAAUUACAGACCGGCCAAUGUUCCAUACGGCUACCCAAUGCCAAUGCCCCCUUAUCCUCCAACUCAAAUUAUUCCCACUCGACCAGCGAAGGAUCAGGAUGUUGGUGUCGGUGUUCGAAGCGUACUUCUAGAAGAGUUCCGCUCAAACUCAAAGUCAAACAAGCGUUAUGAGCUGAAAGACAUCUACAAUCAUGUGGUUGAGUUUAGUGGGGACCAACACGGAUCACGCUUCAUCCAGCAGAAGCUGGAAACCGCCAAUAGUGACGAGAAAGAGCAAUUGUUCCGCGAGAUUCAACCCAACGCCCUGCAGUUGAUGACUGAUGUUUUCGGCAACUACGUCAUUCAAAAGUUGUUCGAACAUGGAAAUCAAGUCCAGAAACGAGUACUGGCUGAACAGAUGAAGAACCAUGUUAUGGAGCUGUCAAUGCAGAUGUACGGAUGUAGGGUUGUUCAAAAGGCUCUAGAGCAUGUCCUCGCUGAUCAGCAAGCGGAAUUAGUCGAAGAGCUCCAGGUUGAUGUUUUGAAGUGUGUCAAGGACCAGAACGGCAAUCACGUCGUGCAGAAAGCUAUCGAGCGUGUGCCAACCGAACACAUUCAGUUCGUCAUCGAGGCUUUCAAAGGCCAAGUCAACAUUCUCGCCACGCAUCCUUACGGAUGUCGGGUCAUUCAAAGAAUCUUGGAAUAUUGCAAGCCCCAUGAUCAAGUGGCGGUGUUAGAGGAGCUACACCAAUGUGCGUCGAUGCUUAUCACAGAUCAAUAUGGCAACUAUGUCACGCAGCAUGUCAUCCAGCACGGAAAGCCAGAAGAUCGGGCCAAGAUCAUCAAGAUCAUCACAGGCCAGCUUCUGACCUUGUCAAAGCACAAAUUUGCAUCGAAUGUGGUGGAGAAGAGUAUCCAAUUCGGCACUGACGAACAGAGAAAAGCUAUCGUGGCCCAAUUGACGGCAAUUCACAGUGAUGGCACAAGUCCUCUGCAGCUAAUGAUGAAGGACCAAUAUGGCAAUUAUGUUAUUCAAAAACUCCUUGCACAAUUAAAGGGUGCUGAGCGUGACGCUUUUGUCGAGGAUAUGAAGCCGCAGCUCCUCCAACUCAAGAAAUACAACUACGGCAAGCAAAUCGCCGCCAUCGAGAAGCUAAUCUUCACUGGCCCACAACCUUACAUCACACCCUCUUCCCUGGGCACGCCCAUCUCUCAAACAAUGCCCAUUGAGAUCAACUCGAAUGCCCCGACUCCAAUGCUCACCAACGGGCAAAACAGUCCGCAGAGCAGCAGUCUACCAAGUACAAAUGUCAGCACCAUCGAAGACCCAACUGACGGCCCGAUCUCAGGCAAACACACGGGGCACAAUGAAAAGCCCUGCCCCGAAGUGAUCAUCAAUGGCGUUUGAAUUUGGGUUCAAAACUUUCCUCGACUCAACACUUGAACGAAAAAUCAUCAAAUCAUGGCAGGCGCGUUGGUCGGUCUUGGAUGGGGUGGGACGGCUAUCAAAAGUGACUUUUUUCUAUUAAUGGUUUCUCUGGUCUGCGAGA